AGUAGCGUGUUAGCCGUAAACGCAGACACACCGUUUUACCAUUGAUACAUAAUAUAUAUUUAUAUAUUAUAAUAUCAAUGGUACGUAUAUAUAUAUAAAUAUUUGUAUUCGUAGCUUAUUAUUAAAAUGUGAUUAACAGCAGUAUACAGUAAAUAUUUAUUAGCUAUAUAUUUUUUUCAAAUCAAACAAUGAAUAUUGUUUUAAGUUUACUGUGGAUAUUUGUAUUUUUAGUUCUCACUAAAGCUAAUGUAAAAUACAAAAUUUGUGUAAUUACGAGUAACGGAAGUAAUGACAAAACACGAGAUCAUUGUCCUCCAUUAAAUAUAGAUAAAUCUAGUCAAGUCGAAUGUGUAUUCGCAACAGAUAAAUUGCAUUGUCUAAGAAAAAUUCUGAAUGGAGAAGCAGAUUUUGGAGUAUUUCAAGCAGAAGAAAUAUCAUAUGCAACUCAGUGGAAUGACUACUUAAGCAUUACGAAUGAAAUUCGUUUAUUUGAAGAUGAAAAUUUUGAUUACAACAUGGUAGUGUUAAUCAAUGAAGACGCUGGCAUUAAAAACUUGAACGAUUUAAAAGGUAAGCGGUUGUGUCAUCCAGGAUUUUAUAGAGGAGAACCAGGAAAUGGAUGGUCUAAUUUAAUAUCACAAUACUUUGAACGAAUUAUUGUUCCACAAAAGUGCGAUCCACAAUUAAGCCUAAUAGAAAAUCAAUUAAAAUCACUUUCUCAAUUUUUUGACGAGUCUUGCAAACCAGGUCAAUGGGAUCCAGAUCCUGAUAUGGAUAAUAUAUUAAAAGACAGAUAUCCAAAUCUAUGCGCAAAUUGUAAGAACCCAUCAAAAUGCAACGAUAAUGAUCAAUUUUGGGGUAGACAGGGUGCAUUACAAUGUUUAAGUGAUUGUUUUGGAGAUAUUAGUUGGGCUAGACUAUCCGACGUUAAAAUACAUUUCAAAGGUGACAGUACAAAUGCUUGCAGUAAAAUAAGUUUUCUAUGUCCUGAUGGUACUUUACAAUCAUUGGAUACUCCUAAUCCAUGCAUUUGGGUAUCUCGACCUUGGCCAGCCGUGAUAACAAGAAAUUCAACAUCAUUAAAUAUACAAAGAAUGAUUAACUACGUAAAUACAGCUAAAGAAUUAAAAAAUGCGACAUCAUGGCAAUGGGCCUUAAACAAUUUACUUCAAUACUAUUCUGAACCUAUUUCAUCUAAUAUCAUUAGAAGUCCAAAAGAAUAUAUUUUUUCAGCUCCUGGUUAUAGAAAAGCUGAAGAAAAAGGACAAUUGUGCAAAGAUCGUGGAUAUUCUAUGUGCAUUGAAACAAUAACAGCUCUAAAAAAAUGCCAAGCACUCUCAGAUAUAUCAAUAAGUUAUGGUAUACAGCCAAAAUUGAAUUGUAUACUCACUCCAAAUUGUGCGAAAAAACUAAAAGAUGGAGAAGUAGAUAUGAUGGUAUUAGAUGCUGAUAAAAUUGCUUUUUUUAAAAGAAACUAUGGUGUUUCAAAACCAGUACUUUAUGCAACUUCACUUUAUCACCAUUUAUAUAGAAAAAUGAGCGCUGUUAUGUUAACGAAAAAUGCUGUCGGAGAUCUUCAACAGCUAAAAGGAAAAAAAGCUUGCUUUCCUUUGUAUGAUGGUUAUGUUUGGAAUUCAUUUUUAAUCACACUCAAACUAGAAAACAUUGAAUUAUUUCCGAAUAAUAAUACGAUGAAAAACUUCUUCAAAGAAAGUUGUGCAAUAUUAAGUUCUAAUCAAAACGCAAUAGCAGAAUGUGAUUUUGAUGAUAAUUUACCCGAAGAUAGUAAUAAAAACGGAAUGUGGAUUGAAACCCAAACACUUAGAUGUAUUAUUGAAGGAGGUGGAGAUGUAGCAUUUAUUAAUAGUCUUCAUAUUAAUCAAUAUUUAGAUAUUUUAAGAUCGCCAUUAAACUUACCAAACAAUUUUGACAUACAUAAUUUUUCAACUGUUUGCAAUCGAAAAUUUCAUACUUCAGUUGAUUGCUCAUUAUCGUGGUCUUACUAUGGACAUAUAUUAGCAAAACCAAAUAUAUCUUCAAUUUCAAAAAAAGAAAUGACCUCAUUAUUAUUAAAUAUGGAUAUGACUUUUGGACGAAGAACCAAGUUAAAUAAUAAUUUAUUACCACCAGUUUUCUCUAUGUAUGGACCAUUCGAUGAUUUUGCCGAUCCUAUAUUUCCGGCAGAUACAGAAAAAUUGGAAACCAUUAAGCAGUUAAAGGAACACAGAACACCAGUAUCGCCACAGUACGAAUCUUACAUUCAUAUUUUAAAUGAUCUUAAGCCUACUGUAAGUUCUAGCGUCUCAAUAAUGCCAUUUUCUUUUUUACAAUUACUUAUACUUUUUAAUUUAUUAUUUAAAUAUUGUAUAUAAAUACUUAUUAUAUAAAAUAAUUACGUGCCCUAAUUUUGUUUUUAAAUUGUGAUAAUAUGUUAUAAUUAUUGUUAUUAUUAAUUAAUAAUACAUUAAAUGCAUUCAUAAAUUGGUACUAAAAUAGAAAUAUUAAAUAAAAAUAUUGAUAGUCUAUUCCACUUUAUUAAAAAAUUGUUAGUUUUUUUUCACCGUUACCUCUAAGCUAAGUGUUAUUAUAAUGCUAAAAAUGUACUCUCAAACCUACAAUUAUUUAAGUAUUGAAUAGGUACAUAGAAACUAAAUUAUCGCCUAAUAUACAAUAAGAUCAACGUUAUAAACUUAAGUUAAAAAUUAAAUAAUCUUAGAUCAAUAAACAUUAGAAUAAAUCACCAUAAUUCCAUGUAGGUAUACGAACCUUGAGUUUAUUUAAAUUUGUCUUAACUUAAAUAACUAAUCUAUAGAUAAAUAAAAUGUUAUUAUUUAGACUUUUGGACUAAUUUAGACUAUUUCAUAUUUCCGUGUAACAUUAUCUUUUAUAAUUAACUAUUACAAAAUAUAAUGUUUAUACUUAAUACUGUAACAUUAUUACUUUAAGUUAGUUAUGUCUAAUAUUUUGCUCCUUAGAGUUUAAUGAAUAUUCUGUGAACCCACUUAUAGAUCACUAUAAUUUACG